AUGUUCUCCGACUCCCCAAUUCCGAAGAUCUUGGCGAGUGGAUCUCUGGCCUGGACCCGAGCGUUGCGGUCAAGAGCAGGUCAGCACGAAGCCUUGGAUGUGUUACGCCUGGGAGCACAUGGACCAUUGGACAUGGCAGUGGCCCAAUUCAAGACCAUUCCAGACUCAUCUUUGAGUGUCGACAUGCAGUCGAUGGGCGACGAUCCCACGCACUUUCAUCCCACGCGUGGGUCCUAG